CCCAAACAGUGACUUCAGUAAACAAAAACUGUGAUAUUUUGAAACAUAAGUAACUAUGCUCUUCAUCUGCACGUUUAUUGCUGUUUUAUUUGGAACUGUCAUGGCAACAAAAGAUGAAGAAAUACAAGGUUCUGCAAAAGAAAUGGAUUUUUUCCGAAAUGGAUUCCUUGUUCCAAAAUCGCAGUUAUUUGAUGGAAGAGAGAUUUUGAUCCCAAGUACAACGCAAGAAGACAACAGCAACACCGCUGCACGAAUGGACGACGUUUUAAGGACUGAAAUAGAAGAGUCAUUUUUCAGGAGCCGUAGGGCUGAAAAAUCCUGCACCAUAUCCAUUAAAGUAGUUGAGACCUUUCCUGGAACUUGUACUACACUUGGAAAAUUUGUACCCGCUUGUCAAAAUGAGAAUUACAUCGCACCAAAUAGCUUGGAGUGCCAGUUAACUUAUUGAUUGCUAUUUUAUUAAAAAGUUGUAGUACAUUUUAGAACGUAUUAGUCUUUCUCUAUGUUUAGUUAGUGUGCGUGUUUUAGCUGCUAAAUAUGUAUUGAGACGUUACUGUUGGGUUUUGAAAUGCAUUGUUAAGUAAUAAAGUGUUGUGAAU